AGUCAAGUUGGGAGCUUACGAAGAGACGGAGGGUCACAAAAGUCUCUCCAUACAGUCUCAACAGGCGGCACUCAGCAGAAUAUUUCAAGUAAAGUUUUCUGCAACCACAGUGGAUAUAAGGACUGUUAAAAGAGAAGUACUUGAAAAAGUACUGAUGUAAGUAGAACUUAACUAUUCAUACAGUUCGACGAUUAACAUAAUGGAGCUAAUUAACCAAAGUUCAAACUCGGUAAACGUUGCUUCAGACGAUUACGAACAAUAUUAUGACAUCUUUUUUGAUGAAGUAUUUAGGAAUUUGAUGGAACAUACGGUGGCGGAAAAUGAGACGGAUGUUCUGAAGUUAUUGCUGCGAAACUGGAGUGAAACGUUUAUAGAAUUGUUCGACCAACAUUACGAUUACACAAAAGAAGUACUUGUAAUUUUCUUCUACACACUAAUUAUCAUCAUUUCCGUAUUUGGUAAUGGGCUUAUUUGUUAUACUGUGUUACAACGAGGAGGAAGGCGCACAAAGAUUAACAUACUCAUUGUGAAUUUAUCAAUAUCGGACUUAUUGAUGACUGUACUAAAUAUUCCUUUUAAUGUUGCUAGACUGCUGUUGCCAAACUGGCCAUUUGGACAGGUCAUGUGUGGUCUUCUACCUUUUGUGCAGGUUACAACUGUGUACGUAUCCAGUUUUACUAUGGUUUGUAUUGCAAUUGAUCGUUAUCGUGCCAUUGUUCAUCCAUUGAUGCCACGGAAACGAACUGGGAACACUAGAAUUAUUAGUGUCAUCUGGAUUUUGGCUGCUUUGUUAGCUAUCGGUCAUGCUGUUUUUAAUAAGGUGCUAAAAGUGUUCUCCUAUCGAUUAAUGAUGAGAUGUCGAGUAGUUUAUCCAAGUCCUGCUGAAGAGUACCGAAAAUGGCACACAUUUAUAACCACAUUGACCCAAUACGUGAUUCCUCUGGCAAUGACAACUGUGGCCUAUGGACGCGUUGUUGUUCGUAUAUGGAGAAGAGAAACGAUUGGUGACGUCACAGAGCAACAACUUGCUAGCCAGCUACAAGCUAAGAGGAGGACAAUCAAAAUGCUCAUACUAGUGGGUAUUGUGUUCGCCAUAUGUUGGCUACCUCUCAACUUAUAUCACUUGAUCAUCGAUUUCAACCUUUCUCCGGAAUUCCUUCCUUCCACAACCUACUUUUUCAUGUUUCACUGGCUGGCCAUGAGCAGUGUUUGUUACAAUCCAUUCAUUUACUGUUGGUUGAAUAAACAUUUUCGCACUAGUGCGCGCAAAGUUUUCAGAUAUUGUUUUUGCUAUAAAGAUAUAUCCUCUUCAAAUACCGCUGAACAGUUUAAUCAACAGAAUAGGACGACACCUCUUGACAAUGUUCUCAAUGGUCAUUGUAAAGAAUAUUCUAGACAUAAGACAGAUCUUGGUGGUAGUCAAAGCGUGAAAACGUGCGUUACUAUCAGCCAUUUACAAGGUCCUGGCCGAGGCAAAAAUUCCCAUAAAGAUUCUCAUGACAGUUCCUCACCAAGAGUUUUAUUUUCUUUGAAACGCUCAAGGUCAUUACUCGAACAGGCGAAUAGAGACAAAAAUUAUCUCACCGUAGAUGAUCUUCAUCAGCAUGAAGUUACAUUCCAAUGGGAGGUUACUAACGUAAAAACAACAACAUUACGUCAUAGUUUCUCUGCUAAUAAAAUUUUGGCUAGAAUUAGAAAAAGCCAGUCCUGGAGUUAUGUGUAACCAUCUU